AUGAAAAAACUAGAUGUUUAUUCAAUUCAGAUAGUUUCUUAUUAUUUGACUUCUUUUGAUGAUUUUAUCAACAUUAUUAGUGUUUGCAAAAAGUUUACAAAUAUAUUAGAACGAUUUCGUAUAAAUCCAAUCCAAAUAACACCACACCAUAAACACCUUUUUCCAAAUAUCCAAACCCAAAAUUUAUAUUCCAAGUAUGACCAACGUCUCAAAAACAUCAAAAAAUUCAAUUAUUUAUACCCUGUUACAUACACACAAUAUAUUAGAGAAAAGAGUUUGUAUAACAAAUGUUUUAAAGUCAAAUACACAAACAGAGACCGCUUCAUAUAUGGCAAUGUCAUUCCAGACAACGUAUAUUGUUUAAAUCAAAAUUGUUUUGAAUCAUAUACAGAUACCAUUUUAAAUAUUCCAAACAACAUUUUAUCAAUACUAAACAGAGCUUUUGCAAAAUCAAAUUUGAAAGAAAUUGUUCUUCCUAAUAGUGUUGUGUAUAUCGGUGAACAAUUAUUUGCAGAUUGUUUUAAUUUGACUCGUGUUGCUCUUUCAACUUCUCUUAAAAUCCUUCCAUCACAAACUUUUUUCAGAUGUUCAAAUCUCAAAGAAAUAGAACUCCCAAAUUCCAUGAUUUACAUUGGACCAAAUAGUUUUCAGGAGUGUGGAAUUAUAUCAUUUAUGGUGACUCCAAAGUACAUUCUUUCGCCUUCCGUGUUUAAUUUGUGUUAUUUAAAAUCAAUAGAAUUUGUUGGUCAAGUUUAUAUACCGGAGUAUCUGUGUUAUAAUUGCCACUUUUUGGAAACAAUUAAAAUGGAUAAUACAGUACAAAUUAUAGAGCAAUUUGCCUUUGGAUUGUGUAAUAUUCUGAGCACUAUAACUUUAUCAACUCAUUUAGAAAUCAUUCAAAUGUUCGCUUUUGAAAAUUGCACAUCUCUGAGUCAUUUGGAAAUGCCAAAUUCUUUAAAAAUAGUUGAAGGAUUUGCCUUUGUUGGAUGUGAAAAUUUGGAGGAACUACUUUUUACUGAAGAAGUGAAGUUUACUGGAUGUGGCGUGUUUAAUAGAUGCAACAAAUUAAGUAAAUUGAAACUCCCAAAUUUUAAUAAAAAAUUGUUGUUUCAAAUAACAAACGAAGAAAAAGAAAUUAUGAAGAAUAAUGGGUAUGAGCCCAUGGACGUUUUUUAUGAAAUUGAAGAUUACUAUGAUGAAGAUUCUGAUGAUUCCAAUAAUGAAAAUAUAAAAACAAAUAGAAAUGAAAUUAACACACGGAGUUGUUGUGAUUACAACGAAUUGUCAAUGUAUAACAUCGAAAAAUGCAACGUCCUCGAUUGUAAGGAAAUAGAACGAGUAACAGGGAGAAUGUUUUAUUUACACGAAAACGAGUUGGAGACCAUUUUCCUGCCAUCCACAAUCGUCGACUUUGAUUUGAAGUUUGUGUGCAAUACAACAAAAACACCUUUUGAACUUCCAGAAAAUUGCAGCAUAUAUUUUAAAGAGGAUUUUAUGUUUGGUGCGUCAAAAAAAUUUGUGGUACCAUCGACUGUCACAAGAAUUAAUAAAAACGCAUUUAAAAUAAACAAUAUGACAAAAUUUGAAGUCCCAAAAAGUGUAUUAGAAAUAAGUGAUAACGCAUUUUCAUCAUCUUUCAAUUUGAAAGAACUCGUCAUCCCAAAAAGUGUCACAAAAAUUGGUCCAAAUUUUAUAAGGGGGUGCACAACACUCACCAAACUGUCAUUUGAAAAUAAUACAGUUUUCGACUUAGAAAAUUUGAUUAAAAAUAAUGAUCCAAUUGUUGAAUUAAUUCAAAAUAUUAAUAUAACUCGAUUGGAAAUUCCUGAAGGAGUUGUUUCUAUACAAAAAGACUAUUUUUCAGAACUCAAAAAUUUGAGAGAAAUUUCAUUUCCAAAAAGUUUGAAAAUUGUUUGUAAAAAUUUGUUCGAGAACAACAAACAAUUGACUUCGAUUGAAACUAAUGGUGUUGAUCACAACAAAUUUAUUGUGAGUUAUAAUUGUCACUUAAGAUUAAAAGCUUUUGGACUCGACUUUAAUAACGUCGACUUAACAAAUAAUGAUUUAGCUCAAAUGUAUACCAAACAAAACUAUAUGAAAUACAUAGACCAAAUAUAUCAAAAGGAUUGUAUUAAAUAUGAAAAAAUAAUUGACAUGAUCAAUGAAACACAAUUUAACAAUUUUGUGACACAAAAUGAUACGAGUUCAUUUUUUCAUUGUUACUGUGAAGUAAUUAAUAUACGAGAUAAUACUAGUCUUCAUGAUAAUAUGUUUCAUAAUUGUGUAACAUUGACACAAAUUAUAUUAAACACAAAUUUGACAAAACUUCCAAAGAAAUGUUUUGUGUCAUGUGUAAGUUUAAAAACAAUAGAAAUACCCAAGAAUGUCACUAAAAUAGGUAUUCAUUGUUUUGAAAAUUGUGUUUCAUUAACAUCACUAUCAUGUAAAAAUGACAUUCUCUUGUGUGAAAAAUGCUUUAGUAUGUGUCACAGUUUAGUCAAAAUUCCACAAACAAAGUAUAUGAAAAAUGGAGUGUUUUCUAUGUGUGCAUCUCUCUCUCAAAUAACAUUGUGUGAAGGAAUUAAAUAUAUCCCUUGUUGUGCAUUUCUACGGUGUUACAGACUGAAUGAAAUAAAAGUCCCACAAUCAGUCACACACAUUGGAAAAUUUGCGUUCAAAAAUUGCAUUUCCUUAUCUUCUUUGAAUUCGAAAAACGUGAAAAUAAUAGAUGACGGGGUAUUCAUGAAUUGUGAAAAUUUGAAAAACUUGAGUCUUCAGCAAAAAGACGUUAAAAUAGUGUUUGAUGUCUUUUCAAAAUGCACGUCGUUAAUUGAAAUUUGUAUUGGAAAUAAUAAAAUUACAAAUUGUCAAUUUGAAGUGAGUUAUACAACAAGUCGGCAUUUUGAAGAAACAAUGGGAGUUGCAUGUGAAAAUGUUGUUUUGACAAGAAGAGAUGUUGAUCUGUUUGGUCUUGAAAUUAUUAAUAAAAUAUGUGUAAAGCGAAUUGAUGAGGGAUGCUUUUUUAAUAACAAUGAUUUGAUUAAAAUAGAAUUUCCAUCACAUGUGACUUCAAUUGGAUAUUAUUGUUGUUAUGCUUGUACAAAUUUGAAAGAAGUGAUACUUCCAAAUACAAUCACUGAACUGCCAGCAUACACAUUUGGUUUGUGCGUGUCUCUGUCUUCAAUCAAAAUUCCCCAAAGUGUUACAAAAAUUGGUGUUAAUUGUUUUUUAAACAAUAUAAUACUAAAUUGA